CAAGUCCUUGAUAGGUGACGUAAAACCUACGCAGAUCAGUAUGCUGAACCGUUUGGCAAGAGCAACAUUUGCAUUAGCAGUCUUUGUUCGAUCUACCCUUUGUCGCAUUCAAAAACAAUCCUCAACGCUAUCUUUAAUCCUUAAUCCGAUGAUAGGCGAUGAUAUAUCCACAUGGAAGACCAUCUUAUCAACGCUGAUCGUUUUGAACUCGCAGAACGGCUGGGAAAUGGGAGCCGAAUUCUCGAAUGACCAUAAUUCGCAGUCAAUAUUUGAUGACGAGAUCGCAUGUCGACUGUUGAUGAAGUUCAUAUCCCCAUUCCAAUUCAAAUCUAGACGAUCCGAUCAUCUCAACCUAUGUGCAGACCCAAAGCCCCUCAUUGCUCAAGCCAAAAAACUGUCGAAAGAUGACGAGAUGGAACUUUAUUCUAUAUUCACUGACAUUUUGGGUAUCUAUGACUCUAGCUCCUUUGCGAAUCCAGUCUUUUCGAUACUCCUGAUUCCAUUCUGCGACAUGAGACAUUCCAUCGAUUUUCGACGUCUUCUCUUCAAAGAUUAUGUUCAUAUCUUGACACACCUUCAAGUCGGACUAGACGAGGUCAUGAUUUUAGACGCCAAUUUGCCUGAUAUUCGAUCUUACCUGUAUCCUAUUGAGACAGACGAAGACAUGAUCACAAUUUUCACGCAACUGAUUGGUGAAAGAUCUCCCAUCAAACGCGAGACACACUCUUUCUUGUACCUCUAUUUGGUUCAUCAUGUCUCUAGUCUGAUAUGGUGCUCGACACUAACAGUGGACCACAAACCAAAGCUACCAGCUCGCCUCUUGACGAUGAUCCUGAAUCAAUGUACCGAUCAAGUGAUUUGUGAUGUGCUUGGGUACAGCCAAAUGUCCUCUCAAGCUGAGAAGGCUCCUGAAGAACUCAUACAACCACCCAGCUGUUAUGGGGCAGUCGAUGAAGGUCGUAUCUCACAGCGUAUCAUGUUGAUCAAGGAGACGCAAAGUCAGGUAUGCAUUGACAAAGCAAUAGUGUCUUUCAGGCAGCUCGAACUUAGACUCAAUACAAGUUCACCCCCUAGUAAUUGAUAUGAAAGAUGCAAUGCACACGGAGCUCGAGAAGAGUUUCAAAAAAGGCGAUGUAUUCAUCACCAGGCCGUGCAUUCGAAUUUAAAUUUUAUUUACGAAAAAUGUGUUUUCUGGAGUUGUUUGUAAUUUGUUUAAUAUCAUGUUCUGUGUUAUGUCGAGUUCUUUGAGAUUUAUCUUUUUAGUUGUAUCAAUUGUGUACAUGAGUUAGGAGAGAAUGAACGAAGUUUUGAUUUGGAGUUGCAAUGG